AUGACGCCCCCCAUGCCUCCUCCUAAAUCGUAUUCGUUUCCGUAUCCGCAUCCGUAUCCAUAUCCCGGGCCCCUCAUCAAGAUGAAGAGUUUUCUUUUAUUACAGUUCGCCGUCUGCUUCUUCGCUGUUGUGGCUGUGGCUGCUGCCAAGCCUGGUAUUGUGGCUCCUCUGGCCGCCGCUCCUCUGGCUUAUACCGCUCCAGCUGUGGUGGGCAGUGCCGCCUAUGUGGCUCCCUAUGCCUCCAGCUACACCGCUAAUACCGUUGCUCAUAGCGCCGCCUUCCCUGCUGCCUAUACCGCCGCCGCCUAUACCGCUCCCAUUGCCACCGCUGCCUACACUGCCCCCGUUGCUGCCGCUUAUACCGCUCCCCUGACCGCCGCUUAUACCGCUCCUUUCGCUGCUCCCUUCACUGCCGCUGCUUAUACCGCUCCCAUUGCACGUUACGCAGCCGCCCCGUUGGCCGCUCCCAUUGCCGCUCCUGUGGCAGCUGCCUAUACCGCCCCCAUUGCUGCCGCCGCUGCCCCCGUUUUGCUGAAGAAGUAA